AAAGAAAAGGAAUUGAUAUAUCCAUGAAAGGAAAAAAAGAAUUGGCAAUUAUUGCAUGCAAUUCCAGCAGCAAUGUCUAUUUCUUCAAUUCCUCUCCUCACCCCUCUCUCUUCCCCGCCCUCCCUUCCUCCGCAUUUCCACCGUUACGCUAUCUUCCGCCAAAAUAAAAGGCAGCCUGUCACUAGUAACUGUGCAACGCUGGCUGCCAAUUUUAAUAAUAAUGAUAAUUCUGGUAUUGAAAGGAGCCAGUCAUCUUCUUCUGUUAAUAGAGAGCCUAUGGUGUCUCCUUACAACGUCCUCAUCACAGGCUCUACAAAAGGAAUAGGGUAUGCUCUAGCUAAAGAGUUUCUCAAGGCUGGUGACAAUGUCAUGAUUUGCUCAAGAUCAGCUGAGAGGGUGGAAUCUGCUGUUCAGAACCUGAGAGAAGAAUUUGGAGAGCAGCAUGUGUGGGGUACAAAAUGUGAUGUAAGAGAAGGACAGGACGUGAAAGAUUUAGUUGCAUUUUCACAGGAAAACCUCAAAUACAUUGAUAUAUGGAUCAAUAAUGCAGGAUCAAAUGCAUAUAACUUUAAGCCUUUGGCAGAAGCUUCAGAUGAAGAUCUUAUUGAAGUUGUCACUACAAAUACCCUCGGUCUAAUGAUAUGUUGUCGAGAGGCAAUUAAAAUGAUGUCGAACCAACCACGAGGGGGUCAUAUUUUCAAUAUUGAUGGAGCUGGUUCUGAUGGACGACCAACCCCAAGAUUUGCUGCAUAUGGGGCAACCAAGCGUAGUGUGGUGCAUUUAACAAAAUCAUUACAGGCAGAAUUGCAGAUGCAAGAUGUUCAAAAUGUUAUGGUGCAUAAUUUGUCGCCUGGAAUGGUCACAACUGAUCUUCUCAUGUCUGGAGCCACUACAAAGCAGGCCAAGUUUUUUAUUAAUGUUUUGGCAGAACCAGCUGAAGUGGUUGCAGCAUACCUUGUUCCAAAUAUCAGAUCUGUCCCUGCCAAUGGAUCAAUGAGACCCACUUAUAUCCGCUUUCUGACAGGCAUAAAAGCCUACUCACAGAUUUUCUCAGAGACUAGCUUUUGGUGCCAGAAGAAACAGACAUGUACUUGAAGAUUGAAAACCAUUAGUAGGGAAAUUUUUUUUCUUAAGAGAAUUAAUUACGCUCUCUAUGCGAGUUACUCUAUCCAGCCGAUUCUUCCUUUCUCUAGGUCAAUGGCAUUUGCCUACAAGCCAUGGCUUAGCUCACAAAAAGUUCCGGACACUCUACUUUGGACAUCUGGAAUCCAUUGUAUCAUGUAUUUUGUAUUCACAGACACAAUUAAGAUAUAUUGAUUGUGUUUAGCAUCCAAA